ACCGGUAAACUUACCUCCCUCACUGUCCUCCCCGCUGAGACCGUUGCUUUCAGUGUGAACCGUAAACGAACUCCAUCGCGAAGCAGCAUACCUCACUCUCUGUCCUCUUUAAAUAAACACUCUCUCUUCCAUCUUUUUAAUCUCGCCCUAAUCCGCCAUUAACACCCUCGUUCGCGAGCUUCUCGUGCCCACCCUUUCCGACAAGCGAUUUAAAGCGACUGAGAAUCUCUGAGCGGCGAAAUUUAUGUAAGCCAUUAAAGCCCUCCUCCACUGAGGCCGAGCAGUCGCUUUUGUCGCGCCUUAAAAGAAGCAAACCCUCGAACACCUUCGGCGCCUCUGCGUUCCUUGCCCUCCGAUAGCCAAGAUCCGGCCUUCCCCUACGGAGAUCCAAUCCGAUCCACCCGAGAAGCCCGUAGGCGCCGCGGGAGCAGGCCGGGAUGCUGACCUGCAUCGCGUGCUCGAAGCAGCUAGGCGGGGGGCCCCUCCAUGACCCUGCCGACGACGACGACCAUGAUACCGCCGGCGGCACCCCCAGCACCCGCCAGGCCAUCAAAGCCCUCACCGCCCAGAUCAAGGACAUGGCGCUGAAGGCGUCGGGGGCGUACAGGCACUGCAAGCCGUGCGCCGGGUCGGGGAGGCACGGCGGUGGCGGGGGGUACGCCGACUCGGACGGGGCGUCGGGGUCGGAGAGGUUUCACUACGCGUACCGCCGGGCGGUGGGGAGCACGGGGUCGACGCCGAGGGUGGUCUACGGGAGGGAGAUGGAGGCACGGCUGAGGGCGCUGUCGAGCGGGGAGGGGACGCCGCCAUCGAUGAGCGGGCGGACGGAGACGGCAUCGUCCGCGGUGUUCAUGGAGGAGGAGGACGAGCCCAGGGAGUGGGUGGCCCAGGUCGAGCCCGGGGUCCUCAUCACCUUCCUCUCUCUCCCCCAAGGGGGGAACGACCUCAAGAGGAUUCGAUUCAGCCGGGAGAUGUUUAACAAGUGGCAAGCCCAGCGGUGGUGGGCCGAGAACUACGACAAGGUCAUGGAGCUCUAUAACGUCCAGAGGUUCAAUCGCCAAGCCGUCCCCCUUCCCACUCCUCCUAGGUCCGAAGACGAGAGCUCAAAGGAGGAUAGCCCGGUGACGCCGCCGCUGAGCAAAGAGCGGCUCCCCCGCAACUUCCACAGGCCACUGAUGGGCGGCGGCGCAAUGGGUUACUCAUCGUCGGACUCACUCGAGCACCAUUCAAGCCACCACGGCCACCACCACAACCACCAUCACAACCAUCAUGGGCGGCACUGUUAUGAUUCAGGUGGGCUGGCGUCGACACCAAAGUUGUCAAGCAUCAGCGGAGCGAAGACGGAGACAUCGUCAAUGGAUGCGUCCGUGCGAACAAGCUCGUCCCCGGAGGAGGCAGACCGGUCGGGGGAGCUGUCGGUGUCGAUGAGCAAUGCAAGCGACCAGGAGAGGGAGUGGGUGGAGGAAGACGAGCCUGGGGUUUAUAUUACCAUCCGAGCGCUGCCCGGUGGUUUCAGAGAGCUCCGCCGCGUCCGGUUCAGCCGGGAGAGGUUCAGUGAGAUGCAUGCAAGGAUGUGGUGGGAGGAGAACCGAGCCAGAAUUCAUGAACAGUAUCUAUGACAAGGGAGAGAAGAAAGAGAGAUGCUAAAGAAGAAGGUCUGCUGCUUUAGAAUGUCUUUGUGUGCAUUUGCCUUUAUCUGCUUUUGGUGAAGUCACAAGCUCUUUUCUUCAUCACUGCAUAUAUGAGUUAUAUACGAAAACACUGGGCACUAACAUUGUGCAGCAACCUUUUCCCUUCCUCUCAAUACCCGGGCGGCUGCUGCUGGUCAUGGAUUAACCUUUGCUCCUAGCGGCAAGCUGAGUAGAAAACAAAAGCAUGCUCUCCUAGGCAACAAAUGUGUGUUGGGUUGUUUACUUAGGCUUGUUUCUUAUGCUUCCAUUGUCAUCUGUGUUUCUUCUACAUGCAGAGCACGUUGUGUGGGGGAAUACUUAGGAGGAACUUAAACUGAGGGUGUUUGUUGUUGAUGUAGAUGGAAGGUUUUGUAUUAUGAAUGAGUGAAGAUGUUUAUAUUCCUCUGCUGAAAGUGUCAUUUCGUCUAUGUUUCUAAAGUGGUUCUUUCUUCC